UUUUACCAACCGAUAGGCAUAUGCUUGGUUCUACGGUCACACUAAUCCUAAUAUUGUCUAUUUUGCAAUAAAUAAAAUGGGAGAAGUAAAACCCGCUAAAGUGGAGAACUAUAGCAGUGGGUCCGAUGCAAAUACACUGUUUGCGGAUGGGGAGCGGGUUCUGUGUUUUCACGGGCCGCUCAUUUACGAAGCAAAGGUUCUCAAAACAAAGCCCGAUGCGACGCCGGUUGAGUACUACAUUCACUACGCAGGCUGGAGCAAAAAUUGGGAUGAGUGGGUGCCCGAGAGCCGAGUGCUGAAGUACAAUGAAGACAACGUCAAGCGCCGACAAGAGUUGGCCCGCCAGUGCGGCGAGCGCUCUAAAAAGGACAAUAAGAAAGGCAGCGCCAAGGCCAAGAAAAUGGAGCAGAUGCGCAACGAAUCUCGCGCCUCGACCCCCUCCAAGGACAGCAGCACCUCGCAAUCGACCGCCAGCAGUAUACCGACGACAAGUGCUGCUCCGGGUAACAAGUCUGAUGCCGGUAGCACCAGCAGCACGACCACCAAUAGCACCAAUACCACGUCGACCAGCCGGGCAAACCGCAAGUCUACGCAAUCGGCGGCUGCCACGGUUCGACCUGGCACGCCCAGUGACAAAAAGGACGAUGCCACCGCUGCUGAGACCACAGAGGACGAGGCGGCCAUGCCAGUAGCGCCAAAAAAGAAAAGAAUGAGCGAGCAAAGGCCUUCUCUAACUGGCAGCGAUGUGCCAGACAAAACAGCAACGACAGCUACAACUCCCUCCACGCCGACAACGGAGCCUGCUCCUUGCGUGGAAAGCGAGGAAGCUUUCGCCGCCAAGCUGGAGGUCAAAAUCAAGAUACCCGACGAACUCAAGCAUUAUCUAACCGACGAUUGGUAUGCGGUGGUGCGGGAGCACAAAUUGUUGGAGCUUCCUGCCAAGGUGACUGUGCAGCAGAUUUCUGAGCAGUAUUUGGCUCACAAAAAGUCGGUUAAGUCGACCAGCGCUAGCAAGGAGGUGGCCAUAAACGAUGUUCUCGAUGGCAUUGUGGAGUACUUUAAUGUAAUGCUGGGCUCCCAGUUGCUGUACAAAUUUGAGCGCACCCAGUACGCGGAUGUAAUGCAAAAACAUCCAGACACCCCGCUAUCUGAGCUGUACGGAUCCUUUCACCUGCUGCGCCUGUUCGUACGGCUGGGUUCCAUGCUUAGUUACUCUGCUUUGGAUCAGCAGUCAAUGCAGAAUCUGCUGGUACACCUUCAGGAUUUCCUCAAGUUCCUGGUGAAAAAUAGUAGCAUGUUUUUCAGCAUGAGCAACUUCAUCAACGUUGACCCAGAGUACGUGCGAAAUGCACAGUAAGCAAUCAUCUCUCCUUGACUUGAAGUAAAUAUUUCAUCCAAACAGUUUGCAAUAAUUUGAUAGUUGCUCCUGACAACUGGUUUGUAUAUUAAAACACACGUAACAACGUUUUGUAAUAAGCUAAUGGUAAUGCUAAUAAAAUGUCAGCACCUUGUAAAGAUUA